GGGCUCGCUCCCUUCCUGGCCCCUGGCAGCCGCCGCCGCCCGCUGCUUUGGAGGAUACCGCAUAGCUCCUGCGAGCCCGGAUUUACUCUCGCCGCCUCCUCGCCCUUUCGCUCCCCGGCCCCCCUUGGAUUACUUGGCUGCUCUCGCUCGGCGAUUCCCCCUGCAAUGGAGAAAUCUAUUGGAAUAUUAGUCCAAGGAGGUGCUUUGGGGACAGUUGGCAGUGCAAUGGCUUCCAAGUACCUCAUAGUGGUUCUGGCCAUUUUCUCCUCUUUUGCCCAAGUUGUAAUAGAAGCCAGCUCCUGGUGGUCUUUAGGUAUGAAUCAUAUGAAUCCUAUGAACCCUGUUCAGAUGUCAGAGGUAUAUAUAAUAGGAGCACAGCCACUAUGUAGUCAACUAGCAGGACUUUCCCAAGGACAGAAGAAACUCUGCCACUUGUAUCAAGACCACAUGCAGUAUAUUGGAGAGGGGGCAAAGACAGGCAUUAAGGAAUGCCAGUAUCAGUUCAGACACAGAAGAUGGAAUUGCAGCACUGUGGACAACAACUCUGUUUUUGGCAGAGUCAUGCAGAUAGGCAGUAGGGAGACUGCCUUUACUUACGCAGUCAGUGCUGCCGGGGUGGUUAAUGCAAUGAGUCGUGCCUGCCGAGAGGGGGAGCUCUCCUCCUGUGGCUGCAGCAGGGCAGCCAGGCCCAAAGAUUUACCCCGGGACUGGCUGUGGGGUGGCUGUGGGGAUAACAUCGAAUAUGGCUACCGCUUCGCCAAGGAGUUUGUGGAUGCUCGGGAGCGUGAGAGAAUUUAUCAGAAAGGCUCUUACGAGAGUGCUAGGAUUUUGAUGAACCUGCAUAACAACGAGGCUGGAAGACGAACUGUGUAUAACUUGGCUGAUGUGGCCUGUAAGUGCCAUGGAGUGUCUGGCUCCUGCAGCCUGAAGACCUGUUGGCUGCAGCUGGCCGACUUCCGCAAAGUGGGCGAUGCCCUGAAAGAGAAAUAUGAUAGCGCUGCUGCCAUGAAACUCAACAGCCGGGGCAAGCUGGUGCAAGUGAACAGCCGCUUCAACACGCCCACCAUCCUUGACCUGGUCUACAUUGACCCUAGCCCCGACUAUUGCGUGCGCAAUGAGAGCACCGGCUCCCUGGGCACUCAGGGCCGCCUCUGCAAUAAGACCUCAGAGGGCAUGGAUGGCUGUGAACUCAUGUGCUGUGGCCGGGGCUAUGACCAGUUCAAGACAGUGCAGACAGAGCGCUGCCACUGCAAGUUCCAUUGGUGCUGCUAUGUGAAAUGCAAGAAGUGCACAGAGAUCGUGGACCAGUUUGUGUGCAAAUAGGGGGUGAUGAGGUGGGAGGAGCUUCUCCCACCUGCCGGCAAGGGUGCUACCCCCAGGACAAUCUCUACUUUAUUUAUAGAGUCCAAUGAUUUUUUUUCUUUUUUUUAAUAAAGGUUACAAAAAGAAGUGACUGGAACCUUUUCUGCACCCAUCCUAGGACUGUGUGUGGUUUAUAUUUUUGGCAAUAAUGGGGGAGAACCCAAGAAAAUAUUUAUUUUACCCAAAAAAAGAGACUUUUUUAAAAAAAUAGUGUAGUUUGAAGGGAAAUCCAACAUAUCCUAACUUAGUCCCAUGAGUCAUAUUACAUGUGCAGCCAGCAAAGAAUUCUUAGGUGCUUGGGAUCUGAGAAUGAUCCUUAUGAACCCACAAACCUGUGCAUGAUUUUAGCUUCAGUGACCAAAAGUAAACUGAUAGAUGCAUACAAAGCUGAUCAAUGCAUCCAGGGGUCCAUACAAGGAGGGCUGGUAUAUCCACAGGAAGGCUCAGGACAAAGCUACUAUGAUGUCAAUCACAUGACUGCAAGGUGCUAAUUUAAAUGUGAGAUAAUUAAAGGGUACGAGCGCUUAAGACUUCUAACGGGUUCAGCUGUGCUAUUUAGGACCUAAAGUCUUGGGUCCAGUAGCUAGCAAGACCAAGAAAAAAUCUGCUUUGGUUGACACUAAGGUCACAUCCUGCUUUGAUGUACACCUUAUCAGCUCUUCAUCUAAUUAUGUAUGAAGUGUGAGUAUUCCAUCUUAGCGAGCAAUGCCUUACUGAUAAAGAAUAUCAGGAGCAAGGGACCUCUGAAUCUCACAGAACAGUGUGCUCUGGUCUGACCCAAUAGAAAUUGCACCGCUGCAGCUGUUUCAGUGUCCCACUCUCUGGAAAGCCUUUUAGGAAACAGAAUUCCCCAAAUUUGAAAUACCCUUUUUUUUUAAAAAAAAAAAAAAAAGGUGUGAUAGCUGGCCAACUUUCAAAACCCAGCUUAGUAAAUAACCCCUCUUAUCCAAGGAAAUUAAUAAUUAACCAUCAAUCAUUCUUGAGAUGGUUGGUUUAUUGUGGAUGUUGGGAAAGCUUUGACUUGAGGAGACAAUAGUUUCAUGUCUUAAUGAUGUUAAGUGGCUAUUUUAGUCCAAUGAAAUAUUUCAGCAAUGCCAAAUUUAUCAUCUGAUGUCUUCAUACAUGUGCUUUAGAUAAUAUAUUGCAGGUAUACACUAAAACUGUUCAGACUAUACUUGAGCAGUUACAUAUAUACGGGAAAACUGUGGUCUGCUGGUGUCUGAUAUUUCAGAGCUUUUUGUACAUAUAUAUUUCAAUACAGCCAGUGAUUUUUUAUAAAACUGCUAAAGUUACAGAGGCAGUUCAUCAGUUAGGAGCAUAUUAUUCCCCCAUUUCCUUUUACAAAUCACUUUUAGGAUUUUUUGAUAUUGAUUCUAGCAUUCUUGGUGUCAUAACACAAAGGUUUUAAGAAUACUUUAAUCACAAAGAAGUAAGCAUUUUCUUAACCUAAGGGGGCUUCUUGAGCUACAGUUAGAACAGAUACCAUGCACUUGAAUUCACACUGGGUUGGAGACUGCUUCUCUCUUCCACUUUCCUGCAAGGGCAUUAUUGAUUAUCAUUGAAACAGAAACCUUAAAAUUCCCUAGCACAAACUGUAUUUGGCUCUUCAUUUGUUUUAAGGUUUUUUUAAUUUUUUUGAGAUGGGAAUCAGUACCUACUCCAGCAACUUCUUGUGUUUCCCCCAAGACAGCGUAUUUACAAGAACACAGUUAGCAUUUGUCAUUAGUUCAGAAACCUCACCCCAAAUCAUUCCCAUCCCAUAAAUUAAACAAAUUGGCAUUCAAUACCAAACAAGUAAAAUUCUUCACUUUAGCUUAGUCAUACUAAAGCCUUAACUUCUCACGAGCCUAUAAGGUGUUGCAUUAAGUUCAUCUUGAUCAUUUAUCAGCUUUUAAAAUGAUGCUUAUUGCUCUUAAUUUAUUAAGAACAUAUUUACCCCUCUCUUCCAGAUGUUUGAAACAAAGUAUCUUAAAAUUAAGAAAGGCACUACUUCAUUGAAUAUGUCACUUUUGGUUUUUAUUAUACAAAAACCAUAGUCAUUUUUUAUUUGCUGAAUCACAUCUUGUUCCUUUUUUAGUGACUCCUGUCUGUGAGCAGAGCUGAGUGUAACGAUCCUAGCUUUUAAAAUACUAUUUAAUGUAAAAUAUUUUACUUGUCAUUCAGAUAUUAUGUAAAUCUUCUAUGUCAUUUCCUCUGUUUGUUCUGUACAUUUAAUGUACAUAUUUCUAUCUUGCGUGAUUUGUAUAUUUCACUGGUUUAAAAAUUUUUUUUGAAAGGCUUUACGCCAUAAUGGAAGAUAGACUAUAAAAAUAAAACUUUGUA